UUUUUAUUAUGCAAAUGUGCCUACCAGACCCUAUCUUACCUUAACAUUUAGUUUAUCACAUUAUGCGAAUUCGAGCACAUUGAGGGUUAUCUUUAUCCCACCUUGCCUUUAUGCAUGAGUAAUUCGCUCAGACUUUUUUUGAAUAACUAUUAUAAAAAAUCUUAAACGUUAGUUUUAAAACUAGGCCUAAAAAUACUCGGCCAGUCAACUAGGCCUACACUUUGUAUAGACACAUAAAAGCAUAACAUAAAAACAUGAUGUAGCCUAUGUGUGGAUUUUAUUAAUCUUUUUACAAUUUUGCGACAGAUUAGCGGUGCAGAGCUCGAGUACCCAGUGGACAGACCUAACCGUGUACACGUGACCCGUCUUUCUGGGAAUGUUCCUAGAAAGAUGUGCGCUUGAUUCUAUCGAGUGAAAAUGAAAACGCUGUAGCCUAUUGAGGGUAAACGGAAUGCACAAAGCUAGGAGCAUGAACUUGCCAAUGCGUGUGUGAGUGAUCGCGGGGGACGGGGAAAGUAUGAAUAGUAUUUUAUUAACCAAAAUAUUUAAGACAAGGCUGGAUCAGUCAUACAUGUUAAUUGUAUUGUAGACUUUAAAUCAUAAACAAUUAAUAGCCUACCUAAGACAACGUUCUUGUGAAAGUAAUACCAAAUGCAGGCUAUAGCCUAGUUACGACGUCAGACAUCUGUCGGAUCUUACUUCCAGACCACGUGUUUAACAGAUUUUGGAUGGGUCACUCUCAGUGCGCAUCUUCAGCAGACCAUUACUCCCUGACCAUUAAAACAAGUGGACAGCAAACUGGGCGCCUCCGGAGCCUCACAUUUCGCUGUGUUCCAACUCCAGGAGAUUCAAUGAUACUACCGAUUAGUGUCCCCGUCAAGUCCCUCAGUACAGCCCAGUUUGAGAACAAAAAGCUGGACCCACGUCGAAAUGAAUCUAGUCAGAAUGCCGCAGAUCUGCAAAAAGCCAUGUCCCACCUUCACGAGUCUGGCUGGUACUGGGGGCCCCUGAAUGCUGCUCAGGCUGCCCAGGUGUUGACUGAAUAUCCAGAGGGUACAUUCCUGCUGAGGGACAGCUCCUACCCGGGAUACCUCCUCACCUUAUCUGUGAUGACUAGCAUUGGCCCUACUCACAUCCGCAUUGAGUACUCUGGUGGCCUGUUUGGUUUUGAUUCCUUGAUGGUGGCACGGCCACGGCUCAGGCAGUUUGGGAGUGCAGUGGAUCUUAUUCAACACUAUUCUCUGACUUACAAACAUCUGGCCAGUCAGAAAGCAGAAAAGGAAACAGGACACACCGUUAACUCUGGCCCAGAUCAUUCAUUGCAGCUCAAGCUUACACAGCCCCUCUUCAAAGGCUCUCCCAGUCUACAGCACCUCUGUCGUGUAACCAUCAAUCAUCAUUCUCGCUCUCACCAACACUUGCCUCUACCUGGGAGGUUACUAGACUUCUUACUGGAGUACCCCUUUGUGCUGUAAGAAAAUGUAUGUUUUUUUGGAAAUGUUUACCCCUGAAUUUGACUUUUUACAUUGUGUUCAUGAUGCCUUUAAUAUAACUGAUGAUGCCAUUUGAUUCCACCAAUAAUAUCAUGUCAAAGCACAAUUUAGUUGAACGAACAUCCACCUCUUCAUCAAAGUGCAGUUUGCAUUGAUAACCAUUAGUUUUAAGGAAAAAUAGCUGAUAAUCAAAAGUUAUUUUGUGCAAUAAAACAUUUAAAAACACAUCCUCCUGACCUAUACUGUACAUAAAUGACAGUGAUUUAUGUGGAUAAGAUGAAGUGACUAUUUAGAGAUGACUAGCGAGAAAGGGUACAGAAAGUGAGAAAAACUAGAUUAAUGCCUUUUUGUUUACAAUUAUUUCUGGACAAAGCAUGUGUCAAAAAGAGGUUUGUACAAUUUAGAACAGUAUUUUAAAGUACAUUUGUUAAAGUAUUUACAAAACAUUGAUUAGUGAUGAUUUAUUCAUUCAUGUUUUUUUAAAUAUUAUAACAAUGUUUUUACUCUAUUGGUGUGCUUACUGAGAGAAAGACUACUGAAGAUAUCUUGCAUACUUAUUAUACUUAACAUUAUUUGUUUGAGCUUUGCCCAGAUUUCAAAUAAUUCCAUUCCAAGUCUUUGGAUUUCAAUUAAAAACGCUCCUCAAUCGAUUCUG